CUUGCUUUUUCUUUUGCGCGGUGCUUUUCUAGACUUGCGCGUAUCCUGAUUACCACCGUCAAAGCUACAGACACAGACACAACUUCAGUAUCGCUCCAUCAUUUCAAGAUGCAGGUUCCUCUGUUUCGUCUACAAUGUGGUGUCAACUCGUACGCCUGGGGUAAGAAGGGUGACGAUUCUGCCGCUGCACGAUUCGCUGCUGCUACGCCGUCUGAUGAGCUCAAGAUCGAGUCUGAUACCCCAUAUGCUGAGCUGUGGAUGGGAACGCACCCCUCCAACCCCUCCCGAGACCUCAACACCGGCCGAACUCUCCUAGAACUUUGCGAGGACAACCAAGCGCUUCUCUCCCAGACCAUCUCCUCCCACUACGGCAACAAGCUCCCCUUCCUCUUCAAGGUCCUCUCGAUAGCAAAGGCGCUCUCUAUCCAGGCCCAUCCCAACAAGAAGCUCGCCGAGCAGCUGCACGCCCGCGACCCAAAGAACUACCCCGAUGACAACCACAAGCCCGAGAUGGCCAUCGCCAUCACACCCUUCGAGGGUCUCUGCGGAUUCCGACCCCUAGGAGAGAUCGCACAUUUUCUCGACACCGUACCUGCGCUGCGAGCGCUCGUGGGCGAUGAGGUUGCAAAGGAGUUUGCGCAGGUCGCCAAGGAUGAUGAGGAGGGUGUUACAGACGAGAAGAAGAAGUUGUUGAAGAAGGCUUUUGGAGCGCUCAUGUCUUCGUUGGCUGAGGAUAUCGCCGAGCAGAUGCCCAAGCUAGCUGAGCAGGCAGAAAAGGAGGGAGCUGAUUUCGCUGGCGGUGGUGUCGUUGCUACUUCUGGUGAGAAGCUUGCUGAGCUCGUCAAGCGAACGCACGGCGAGUUUGGCGACGACAUUGGCUGCUUUGUGCUCUUCUUCCUCAACUUUGUCACGCUCGAGCCCGGCGAGGCUUUGUUCCUGGUCGCCGACGACAUCCACGCCUAUAUUUCGGGCGACAUCAUGGAGUGCAUGGCUGCAUCGGACAAUGUUGUCCGCGCCGGCUUCACGCCCAAGUUCAAGGACGUGUCUACGCUGGUCGACAUGCUGACCUACAACUUUGCGCCCAUCGAGGAGCAAAAGAUGACGCCCACAGACUACCCCUACGCAACACUCAACCGCGCGGGCUACAGCUCCGGCUCAGCAGUCGUUCUGUAUGACCCCCCGAUCGAGGAGUUCAGCGUCGUGCGCAGCGUUCUCCGCGGCGAUGGUUCCAAGGCCACUUUUGAUCCUCUCGAGGGACCUAGUGUAGUCAUCUGCACUGGCGGCCGUGGAAAGAUCUCGGUGGGACCUACGAGCGCUGAGAUGAAGGAGGGGUAUGUGUACUUUGUGGGUGCGACGGCUGAGCUUGUGCUUGAGUCUGAGGGUGGUGAGGAUGAUGAGUUUACGACGUUUAAGGCGUUUUGCGAGAUUGAUGACUCGGAGAAGCAGAAGCUUUAGAGAGGUGUUCUGGCUUCUGUUUAUGAGCGUGAAAAUUGGUUUUUGAGAUAGGGAUGUGGCAGAUAUAUGUUAAUUGAGAUUACGGUCUAUGAUAUUUUUAUUUAUUUACGAGUUGAAGUAUGGAUAGAGGCACUUGGACGCUAUUGAUGUUCGUCGUGGUCGAUUAUGAGAGACGACAUAGCAGGUAGCGUGUAACUAGUGAUACACUAUGAAUCUUGAUAUAAAAGAAGACUGACCUUGGUAGUAGUACUUUAUCAUC